AGGGGGUGUUAAUAGCAACUCCAAUCCGAAAUAAACAAAAGAGAAUUGUUUAGCGGCUGAGGGUAUGGGGUUAUUUCUCCUUUUUCCGUAAAACCCAAAACCCUACUUCUCAUUACUCUGAAAUUAUAUUAUCCUCCUCUUCUUCUCCUUUCUUCUUCUUCAACUCACUUCAUUACACUCUCAUAUCUCAUUUUCCCAACUGAUUCUGUCCAAUAACUUGCAAUCAUGAUGAAAGGCAAAUAACACUGAACGCUAUCCAAAUACAGAGGAAGAUGAGAGGCAAAGGAGCGAUUGUUCCACCUUCUCAUUCUCGCGGUGGUGGAAAAUUGCAGCAAAUUGAGAAAACUGUUGUUUUGUCAAAUUCGAGAUACGAUGAUAUAGUAGUUAACGGAAACGGUAAGAAAAGGCGAAAACGGAAUAACUGUCUUCAGGAGUUGUUAACAACAGGUUAUAUUGUAAACAACGUGUUGUUGAAUGAUGGUCCUCCUCUUGGACGGGAAUUUGAUUCUCUUCCUUCAGGACCCAAAAAUUACACUUCUGCUGGUCAUCAGGACCAAGAGCCUGUCAAAAGGAGGAAGGCUUCCAAGAGUGCAAUUCAAAGUCACCCUAGUUGUAAUAUGAAAGCACCUGUUAAGAAACAUGGUAUGGGCAAAGGUCUGAUGACAGUUUGGAGGGCAACGAAUCCUGAUGCUAGAGACCUUCCAAACGGUUUUGGUAUUGCUGACCGGGAAGUUCAUCCAAUCUCUAAUUCUAAAACAUCUAUACCGGUCAGCAGGUCACAGAAAGCUGUAACCAUGAAUGGAAUGCCAAGAAAUAAAAUGCAGAAUAGGAAAACUAAAUUACAGGAGAAGAGGAAACAUUUAGCGCAAAAAAGAAUGGGUGAAACAAAUCUAUGUGUUUCUCAGAACCAACCACCCAUAGAAAAAUGUGAACUUGCUUCGGUUAGCUCAAUAUCUGAGGAGGGAGUUGAUCAAAUUUCAAUGUUAGUUGACGAUGAAGAAUUAGAGCUGAGAGAGUUACAAGAAAGAACCAAUCUGCUUAUUUAUUCAGAUCAACUUGCUGUCAGUGGAAUGCUUGGUGGCACACUUUGUCCAGAUGUGUUAGUCAAGUUCCCUCCAGGUACUGUCAAGAUGAAGAAACCUAUACAUUUGCAACCUUGGGACUCUUCCCCAGAACUGGUGAAGAAAUUAUUUAAGGUUUUCCAUUUCAUUUAUACAUAUGCUGUAGUUGUUGACGUUUGUCCCUUCACUCUUGAUGAAUUUGUUCAGGCAUUUCAUGAUAAGGAUUCGAUGUUACUUGGAAAGAUUCACGUGGCCCUUCUCACGCUGCUUCUAUCUGACAUUGACGUGGAGCUUUCUAAUGGGUUUUGUCCUCAUUUAAACAAGUCAAGUAACUUUCUUGCAUUGCUUCACUCGGUUGAAAGUCAAGAAUAUUUCCUGGACGUUUGGAGAAGAUCUCUAAACCCUUUUACUUGGAUUGAAAUACUCCGUCAAGUUCUAGUAGCUGCUGGAUAUGGUUCGAAGCCUGGUGCCUUACAAAGAGAGGUUCUUGGCAAGGAGUUGAAUAUUCUUGUGAACUAUGGCCUGUGCCCUGGCACCUUGAAGGGUGAGUUGUUUAAAAUCUUGUCUGAACGAGGUAACAAUGGAUGCAAAGUUUCUGAGCUGGCAAAGUCAAUGCAGAUUGCGGAAUUAAACCUUGCCAAGACAACGGAGGAACUGGAGUCUUUAAUAUAUUCCACACUUUCAAGUGAUAUUACUUUAUUUGAAAAGAUUUCGUCGCGUGCAUAUCGAUUGCGUAUGAGCACUGUUAUAAAGGACAGUGAUGAUUUUCAGUCAGAUACAGAGGACUCUGGGAGUGUUGAUGAUGAGCUUAAUGCCUCUGAUACAUGUAGCAGUGGUGAUGAUUUUGAAAGUGAUUCCAUAAUCUCAAAUAUAAGAAAGUUGAAGCGUGCUAACAGUCGGAAAAUUAAAAAUAAUUUCCUGAAAGUUCACACUGAAAUUGAUGAGAGCCAUGCAGGAGAAGUGUGGUUGUUAGGACUGAUGGAUAGUGAAUAUUCAGAUUUGAAAAUUGAAGAAAAAUUGAGUGCAUUGGCAGCUCUAACCGGUCUUCUUUCAUCUGGAUCCAGCAUCAGGAUGAAGGAUCCAGUAAAAGUUACAGCUGAUUGUAAUUCUAGCAUCCAGUUACGUGGUUCUGGAGCAAAAAUUAAGCGAUCAGUAGUGCAGAAGCCUGGUUCAUUUGUGAACCCAAUUGAGCAAAUGCAAUCUGUUAAGGUGGUGCCCUUGAAUUCUCAUCCCUGUCCAGUAGAUUCUUCAUUGCUAGUCUCAAAAUUCAAUAUUCAGAAGGCAUCCAAUGAGAAAGGAAAAGGAUCAGGUUGUUCACACCCCAUACAAUCAGUGUUUUUGGGAUCUGAUCGCCGAUAUAAUAGAUACUGGCUUUUCUUGGGCCCUUGUAAUGCGGAUGAUCCUGGCCACAGGAGGGUGUACUUUGAAUCCUCUGAAGAUGGUCACUGGGAGGUGAUUGAUACAGAAGAGGCAUUGUGUGCCUUGUUGUCAGUUCUGGAUGAUAGAGGGAAACGUGAGGCUCUUCUUAUUGAAUCUUUAGAGAGACGACAAACAUCUUUAUGCAGAUCUAUGUCCAGGAUUAAGGUUAACAAUAUUCGAAUGAAGUGUAUGUCACAUUUUGAUCAGUCUGAGCUGGAUAGGGUUACAGAAGACAGCUGUUCUCCAGUAUCCGAUAUAGAUAACCUGAACCUGAUUGAGACUGCUAGAGACUCUUCGUCUUCAGCUGGGGCUGUGGUAAUUGAAGCUGGAAAGAAAGCAGAGGAACAACUGCAAAAAUGGAUCCGUGUUCAAGAAUAUGAUUCUUGGAUUUGGAAUUCCUUUUAUUUAGAUCUCAAUGUUGUAAAAUAUGGAAAAAGGUCUUAUCUUGACUCUCUCGCUAGAUGUAGGAGUUGCCAUGAUCUAUACUGGAGAGAUGAGAAACACUGUAAAAUUUGCCAUAUGACAUUUGAGCUUGAUUUUGACCUUGAAGAAAGAUAUGCAAUCCACCUAGCCAUGUGCAGGGAGAAAGAAGACAAUGGCACAUUUCCAAAUCAUAAGGUCUUGUCAUCACAGAUUCAAUCACUGAAAGCUGCAAUUUAUGCAAUUGAGUCUGUUAUGCCUGAAGACUCCCUUGUUGGUGCUUGGAGGAAGUCUGCUCACACUCUAUGGAUCAAAAGGCUCAGGCGCACCUCAACUUUAGUGGAGCUUUUGCAGGUUCUUGCUGAUUUUGUUGGUGCCAUCAAUGAGGACUGGUUGUGUCGGUGCAAAUUUCCAGACGGUGUGGUUGAAGAGACCGUUGCAUCUUUUGCAUCAAUGCCUCAUACUUCAUCUGCUCUUGCUCUAUGGUUGGUGAAGUUAGAUGCCAUAAUUGCUCCUUACCUGGAAAGAGUCCAAACACAAAAGAAAUAGGGAAUUGGUAAGCAUAGUUCUUGGUGACAGGCCUACUUACUUUUAUACAGAGUAAAAAUAUAUUCAUGUUAUUGGAAUUGAAGUGUGAAAGAACUGCAUGUUCUGCCCUUGACUCCCGGAUUGUUUAAUCUUGAUCAGAGAUACUUGUUUUGGCUUCAGUUGGUUCUCUGUAUUUUCAAUGACCACAAAUUGAUAAAGGCAAAACUGUGCACGUCAAAUCACAGUAAUUUUUUUAUGACUUUUGGUUUCCCCUUUAUUCAUGUAUAUAGGCAAAUCCCAUUGAUCUGAUCCGAUGUAUAGUUUUAGGUUAGAACAAUACUGGGUAUGUUGAGUUUUUGCUGCGUAACCCCACUUUGUUUGUACACAAGGCCACCCGUGGUUCUUUAUGGUUGUUUGUGGUCUUCUCAUUUGAGAAAUCAAUUUUGCCUUUCUAUCUUGCAAAAUAAUGUAUGACUGAUUGAGUAAUAAUUUGCAGGCCAAAUUAUACAUUUGGUUCUUUAAUUUA